AUGACUUCAGGUCCAGGGAUGAACAAAUCGACUCUCCUAUCAGAGAAGACGAAGAAAUCCCUGACCGUGAUAGUGGUGUACCCAUCUAGUGGCUUUCUGGGUCACAGGGAGACACGAUGUAGCCUGAGUGCCGAGGGAGCCGCCUGUGCAGCUAAACAUAUACCGAUAAACGAUCUCAAGAAGAGGAAGACAUUGGUGAUGAUCAGCGGAUACAUGGACAGUACGUUCUCUCCAGUGGUGCGCACCUUACUGGCAAUGUACCUCGGCCUAGGACGAAACGUCAUCGUCCUGGAGAUAUUCCCCAUUCUAAGCUGCCCGCAUCACGAAGCCGCUGGGCAACCUACUAGGAGAGUUCCUGGCCUCGCUGACCUCUCGAGGUCUGUCUUCGAAGAAAUUGGAGCUGGUGAAUACCAACCAUACUUAAAGGGGGAUUUCAUAAUGCCGUGCUUUCAGCUAUGCAGUCACAUUCGAUCAGUAUUCUACUGGUACCUAUCCUACAGCAACCCGGACAAAUUCAUCGCAGUGCAAUGCGACUCAGUCGCAGACGCAAGACAUGGCAACUGUUACGAAGGAACUCUAAGGACUAAUGCUUUAGGUCCAAAUACGAACUUUAGUAAGACUGGAGUGUUCUAUUUGCCGACUAAUGCUAAGUCGCCUUAUUAUCUAGGGUUGAACGGCUUGAAGAAGAGGAAGUACGGUGUCAAUGACUAUCUUAUGACCCCCGCACCUGAUGAAGACAUAACAAUUUAAAAUUUAUUUGUUUUUAUUUAGACUUAUGAGUACAAUAUGGAUGAUGUCUAAGUAAGGUCUGUCUCAGGGGCGUAGCUAGCGCCGUAUCUGCCGUAUCAAUUAUAUGGGGCCCCCAAAGUGUGUAAGAAAAAAUAUAAAAACUUCAAUUUAUAUUUUAUUUCAGUAAUCACAAAAUGCAUGGGUUUCAAGGUUGGCAGAAACUUUGGAAUAGAUUUCUCUAUUCCAUGGCAGAAACUUUGGAAAAAUGAAAGUACUUAAUCACUGUCAAAUAAUUUUAUGUAAAAAAAUAUCUUCUGAGAUAUUUUUACCUUUCAUAAGGGCCCCCAAACAAUUUUUUAUACGGGGCCCCGCCAAGAUACGCUACCUACGCCACUGGUCUGUCUGUCAAUUUGAUUAGAUAUUCGCACUUCUUUUUUAGCGAUGUAGGUACGUACUGGACGAAACUCAUCUUGUGUUCAUCACGUCGUGUGUAAAUCACGUCUGAUCGAAGGAAAUUAUGGGUAGCCAAAAACCACUGUCUUUAAUAAUUAUAUUACGAUACGGUAUUGAUAAAAAAUAUUGUAUUUAUGUGUAUUUAUAUCGAUUAUAAAGUCGAAAUCGCCCACCAUUUUAGUACCUGAAUUUUAUAGAUAGCAUGCGAUGCGUGCGCAUGAUUGGAAUAUGUCAAAAUCAUAUAUAGGUAAUAACUUUGUAAUAAAUCUGCAAGGACGCACUAAAAAUUACCUUUGAAUCUCACUACAUUUAGAAGUUUCACUAGAAUAAAAUCAAAGUGUAAAUCGUUUGAUCUUUAUUGUACAAUAAUUAAGGUACAUUUUUAUGUGAGGAUUGUAAGGUUAUUUUUUAUUCAUUUUAUUCGUUAUUCAUAGUUGUUCAAUAAAUAAAUAUUGUUUUGUGUAUAAAUGAACAGUUGUUAAGAACUAAGAGUGGUCUGAUGAAUGAUUGUGACCUUUAUUCUACAAGAUGUAAGGUAUAUUUUUGGGUGAAAUAUAAUAAAACCAAUAAAAUAAUACAAGAGCAAUUUUAUUGUAAAUUUCAUCACAAUAUCAUUAACAACAACUAGUUAUUAUGUCCCAGUUAGGCCGACAGAGCUUCGGUACAAAAACUAUCUACGCAGGUAUGUACAUUACGCUUAGUUCCGUCGAAUACCGUUGCAACUGCAACAUGGAAGCCAUCAAUACUAAAUAUUAUGAUAUAAAAACACUACUACGAAAUUCGUGUAUUACAUUUAAUUGAUUACCUUACUUACUGGCUGAUUUCAAAACUUCAUUCUCAAAAAAAUCGCCCGAAAACGAUAUUUGCGCAAACAAAUGUGAAUAAAAAAUAAUAUCAUUAUCAGUAGUAUUGUAAAAAUAUAUCUUAAAUACAUCGGUCGUUAUUACAUUUUAUUUUUUUCCAAUAAAUAGUUAAUCUAUUAAAAUAACCUAUUAUACAAAGCGUUGUAGAAUAAACGACAAACCUUACGGAUACUGGUUCAAUUCAUAGAGGAAUACUUUUGAAAAUAAAGAAAAUUAGUUGUUUAUAAAAUUUGAUUUGCUCAUCGCAUAAGUUGUUUCAAGAGUAUAAACACUGCCCUAUUCCUUAGCGAGAACCAACACCUUUAAGGUUAAGUGUUUAUUCUAUAACACCCUGUAAUUAAUAACAAUCAAAUAACACAGAUAUACGAAUAGUAAAGCGUUAUAUUUCAUUGAAACCAAGCGAAAGUAAGGACGAACACGGCCAACACUCCGUUCAGAUCUUUAAAUAAUAUUCUAUAAAAAAUAAUGUUUCUAAAUUAUCUGUGCCGUGUAUAUGUACCAUAGACAGGCUGUUAAACGUUAGGGUCGGUAUAUAACUAAGGGAAAAUGCGUCAUAGAUCAUAUUUAUGUAGAACUAGCGUAGUCAAACAAAACCAUAGUGAAUUAUACACCUAAACUUUCCUCAGGAACCUCACUAUAUAUUAGUGAAAACUGUACAAAAAUAUGUUUAGUAGUUUUUGAGGUUAUCCCGCACAUAAGUACAUAGAUACAGAUAGGGAACUUUUUGGUGUAAUAUAAAGACAGAAUAGAUAGAAAUAGUAUAAACAAUAUAAUAUUCAACUUUGCUCAGUUAACUAAUGUUGCGUUAAUGCGUCGGUUACAUUGUCUAGUUACAUAAAGUGUGGCGCAUUUCCCGUCAGAUAUAAACCAACCGUUAAUUAAGAAAUUUUAGGCAACACACAAGCACCAAACGCAACUUAUACAUAGUAAAAGCGUUAAAAGUAAUUCUAAAAAUAUGUUUAUUGGAAUGUGACUAUAACAAUAGAUGCCAAUGUGCAAUUUUAAACAGGUACCUUAUAUAAAAACUAAUUAUUAUACGAUAUUAUAUAAAAAUGGAGUAAAAAUGUAUUAUGUAUCAAAAUGGAUAUAUAAAGAGGAAUUACUAUAUAGGCCAAGAUUGUUGUGACGUGUUUUUAAACCAACCAUAAGGGAAGAACUACGUCUUACUAAUUCUAUCGUAAGUAGUCAUACUCACGCCGUCCUUCUCAUUCUAUUUACUCACAAUAAAAGGAUAUAAUAGAUUUAUUAAAGAAUCGAUGACUGUUGAGGUAUCAAUGUUCGCGAGUGGAGACCGCUUGUCGUAAGAUUUAGACACCACUGACAAACUGUGAAGGAAAACUUCGUGAGGAAACCUGGGCUUAUAACUUCUAAUUAUAAGUUUGAAAUCACCAACCCGCAUUGAGUAAGCGUGGUGAUUAAUGCUCAUAC